UUUUAGUGAUCUUGAUCUUGACUAAUGACUACUGUAUUUACAUAAUCAAAUGAAAUGCUUAGGGGCUUUCUCUUAUACCAAAAAACUAGGCUAAAGUGUAAAUUUGGCCCAGUGAACCCAAAAUCUUGGAAAAUCUAAAAUUUCCAAGUUGGUAAAAGAAGGAAGAUGACAAGCAUGGGAAUGUGACAUAGUGAUAAAGAUGGAGAGAGAAAGUUGAAAGAGAGAGAUUUGAGUGGCCAUUGCUGUGCGGUUCUUCACCACUCCUUAGCCUAUUUAUAGCACUCUCCCUCUUCUCUCAAAUUCCCUGCCCUUCUACUCCUUUUCAUUAUCACCUCACUCUCUUAUCUCUUCUUCUACUCCGUAAAGCUUCGAAUUUCGAGUUUACCGGAAUGGGGAGUAAUGAUGAAUUUGAUUACGGUGCUUACACCUAUGAUAAGCUUGAGAGGGAGGCGUACUGGCCGUCGGGGAAGUUGAGGAUUUCGGUCACUGGAGCUGGUGGUUUUAUUGGGUCCCACAUUGCUCGGCGUUUAAAACACGAAGGGCACUACGUCAUAGCUUCGGACUGGAAGAAGAACGAGCACAUGACUGAGGACAUGUUUUGUAAUGAAUUCCAUCUUGUUGAUCUUAGGGUGAUGGACAACUGCAUGAAGGUUACCAAGGACGUCGAUCAUGUGUUUAACCUUGCUGCUGAUAUGGGCGGCAUGGGUUUUAUCCAAUCAAAUCAUUCUGUUAUCAUGUAUAACAACACAAUGAUCAGUUUCAAUAUGCUUGAAGCAGCCAGGAUUACCGGUGUUAAGAGGUUCUUCUAUGCCUCAAGUGCGUGCAUCUACCCAGAAUUCAAGCAGUUGGAAACUGCCAAUGCUAGUCUCAAGGAGGCUGAUGCUUGGCCUGCUGAGCCACAAGAUGCUUAUGGCUUGGAAAAACUUGCUACAGAGGAGUUGUGCAAGCAUUACACUAAAGAUUUUGGAAUUGAAUGCCGAAUUGGACGGUUCCACAACAUUUAUGGUCCUUUUGGCACCUGGAAAGGUGGUAGGGAGAAGGCUCCAGCUGCUUUUUGCAGGAAGGUUAUUACUUCCACUGAUAAGUUUGAGAUGUGGGGAGACGGGUUACAGACUCGAUCUUUCACCUUCAUUGAUGAAUGUGUGGAAGGUGUGCUUAGAUUGACCAAGUCAGACUUCCAGGAGCCAGUGAAUAUUGGAAGUGAUGAGAUGGUUAGCAUGAACGAGAUGGCUGAGAUAAUUUUGAGCUUCGAGGAUAGGAAGCUUCCAAUCCAACAUAUUCCUGGGCCAGAGGGUGUCCGUGGUCGUAACUCAGAUAACACACUGAUUAAAGAGAAACUCGGCUGGGCUCCAACCAUGAAGUUAAAGGAUGGGCUAAGGAUAACAUACGUCUGGAUCAAGGAGCAGAUUGAAAAAGAAAAGACUAAAGGUGUGGACCUCUCAGUUUAUGGGUCGUCGAAGGUGGUCACCACCCAAGCUCCAGUUCAGUUAGGCUCUCUACGAGCUGCUGAUGGCAAGGAAUGAUGCAACUUUUUUUAUUUUUUUUUAUUUUAGUGUGGUCAGAGAAGCCAUCCACUGUUUUAGAUCAUAUAUGGGCUUUGCCUUUGUUUUAUAGAUAGUCAUAUAUGCCUCUUUUUUUUUUUUUUUGCUAUGCUUAGAAGUGAUUUUUAGUUACUACUUUUAUCAAGUUUCAUCUUAACAGAAAAUUGCCCUGCCCUGCCCUGCCCUGCCCUCGCAUAUUUAUGUAGAAUUAUUGACAAGACCAUUGUCAUCACUGUGGUAUUACCAUUUUUUUUUUAUCUCCACUAUAUAUAUACUAUAUAUAUAUCUCA